AUGCCACCAGCGGAGACCAACUUGGACGGUACGGCAGGCCUACCGAACACCGCCAUGGUUCAGUCGCCGCUACCGCCUCCUACGUCGACUUCCACGCCUGCUCCGGUGCAGCGGUCAACUUUACCGACCGCUCCCGUUGAGCAGGCAAGGGACCCUGUUGUUGUUGCGGCGGCGAAGCGCAAGGCCACUACACCUGCCAUCCAGCCAGACACGGACAUGCCGCCGAGCCGACAACGUACCCCCCCCCCCCCCCCAAGCCCAGCCGGAAGACGCAUGGAAGCUUCAAGUCAAGACGAUCAAGCCAGCGUUCCGGCAUUGCGUGCAGGGGGGACACCACCGACCCCGGCAAGCUGA